GAAACCAGCGUCAGCAAUCCUUGCUUGUGGUAUCAAAACAGAACACGUUGUUUUGACAAGUAGUUAGCUAGCUUAUCAAUACGUUAUCGAAGAGAUAUAGCCAGCAUCUACUAACGUUAUUUCAACAAAGAAAACGUCCAGAAUAGUCGUCAUUGCGAGAGCACACGUUUUUGCUCUCCUUCGCUAACCAGCUGCUUUAGCUACCUUGCAUUGCAACCUUUGGAUUUAGCUAACUAGUUAGAUACAAGUAACGUUCGCUACGACAAAAUGCCAUCUCGUGUUGAGGAUUAUGAGGUGUUGUAUACCAUAGGGUCAGGAUCUUACGGCAAAUGUCAGAAAAUACGGAGGAAAUCUGAUGCGAAGAUUCUAGUUUGGAAGGAGUUGGACUACGGCACAAUGGCUGAGAGCGAGAAGCAGAUGCUGGUGUCAGAGGUCAAUCUCCUGCGUGAACUGAAGCAUCCAAACAUUGUGAGAUAUUAUGACCGCAUCAUUGACCGGACCAACACCACACUGUACAUCGUUAUGGAGCAUUGUGAAGGCGGCGACCUCUCCAGCCUCAUCACCAGAUGCAUCAAAGAAAGGCGUUACUUGGAGGAGGAAUUCAUCAUGCGAGUCAUGGCACAGCUCACUCUUGCCCUGAAGGACUGCCAUCGCCGGAGCGAUGGUGGGGCCACAGUGCUGCACAGAGAUCUUAAGCCCGCCAAUAUCUUCCUGGAUGUCAAGCAGAAUGUCAAGCUUGGCGACUUUGGUCUUGCACGAAUCCUGAACCAUGAUACCAGUUUCGCUAAGACUUUCGUCGGGACCCCAUACUACAUGUCUCCUGAACAAAUGAAUCGCAUGUCCUACAAUGAGAAAUCGGAUAUUUGGUCCCUGGGGUGCUUGUUGUACGAACUCUGUGCCUUAUCGCCUCCUUUCACGGCUUAUAACCAAAAAGAGCUGGCAGAGAAGAUCCGAGAGGGAAAGUUUAGGAGAAUCCCCUACCGGUAUUCAGAGGAGCUGAAUACACUCCUGUCCAGAAUGCUCCAUUUAAAGGACUACCUGAGGCCCUCAGUUGAGUCCAUUCUCCAGAGCAGCCUGUUGGUGGACCUGGUCGCCGAUGAGCAGAGGCGGGCGCAGGCAAGACACCGGAGGAGGUCGGCCGAUCCAGAGAAACCAAAGCCUGCAGAGUCUUCAACCACUCCUACCAUUGCAGUACUGAGGCUGAAGGAGCGGGUGCUAUGGCACAGGGAGAAGGCCCUGAAGGAGCGCGAGGAGAGGCUCGAGCAGCGGGAGCAGGAGCUUUGUGUUCGUGAGAGACUAUCAAAUGAGAAGCUUGCCAGAGCGGAGAGUUUGUUGAAGAGCUACAACUUGGUGAAACAGCAGAAGGCCCUGCCACCGCUCUCUUCCAAUGAAAUGGAUGAGGGAGAGGAGAACGUCUCCCCUGGAAAGAAGGUCCAUUUUGCCGGAGAAAGCAAAGAGAACCAGAGGCCCGAUCAGAAGCAGAGUGUGAAGAGCCAGGAGCUGAGGCUGAAGAAGAGGCUGCAGGCAGCCAACAUGCGGGCCCAGACCCUGGGGGAGGUGGCGAGGCACUACCAGCUGAAGAGCUGGCAGAUCCUAGGCAUCCGCUAGCCCCCAAAGCGUCUGCUGCAUAGGGCCUGACUAUCAGUGUCAUGUGGAUGGAUGACUAGAUAGUUGUCUUAGGUGUGUCCCAGAAGUUGCAGGCUCUGCUUUAGUGUUCCUGACUAACAUUAGAGAGUUUCAGAGCUAUUGAAGCUAGCGAUCCAUACCCUUUAGAGAAAAUAUGUAGCUUUAAUUUAUUUGUAUUAUGGUGAGUGAUUUGUACUGUUGUAAAAUUGCCAAAUUUUGGAUGCCAGAUAUCUGUUUUUAGUGGUGUUUGUGUUUUUUCAACCUUAACAUUUCAAAUGUCUUGUUGAUACACAGAAUUGCACUGAAGUUAUGAUUUGUGAAUGUGAUUUAUAACCACUAUGUACAUACUGUAUGGUGGCAUUAAAUAUAUUUAAAGGGCAAUGUUAGUACGUUAUCUGAAGAUGUAUAAAUAGAUGUACACUCCCACAUACACUUCUCUUCUGGAAAUAUGUAAAUGUUUUGCAAAUAUGAUAUUGGGAUGGGUUGGCAAACUUUGAGGCUGUUGUUUUCUGUUAAAAACAGGCACUGGUGACCUUCAACAAAUGUCUGUUUGGGCAGGUCCACUUUCUGUUUAACUGUCAACUGAUUGACCUUUGUCCUUAAUGCUUUAUUGUUCCUUUGCCCUUGAAUUGUCUCCUAUUCAUCUAAAAUUGGCAUCAUGUACUUUAUUUUGGUUUUGGCAGUAUAAAAAUAUAUAAUAAUGUAUGCACUCACUAACUGUAAGUCGCUCUGGAUAAGAGUGUCUGUUAAAUGACUCAAAAAAAAUAUAUAGUGAAUCCUGUGAAUGUGUGAGGGCCUAGCAUUAAAAGUUGUUCAAGCUAUUGAAGUAAUUGCCAGGACAUUUUACCUCUCAAAGAUGUUUGAACAGAUGGUUAAAUAAUACGUCGAUUUUCAUUUAUACCGAUAGUCUAGUUGGCCAAGUCUUUUCAGUUUGUAAGUGCUUGACAAGCAAGUAGUCUAACCUAAUGUAUUUUGGAUGGAUACCAUUUUGUUACCACACAGAAAUAAGAUUAGGGAGAUGCUACACGCUAUCCUAAGGAAUGACGAGUCAGAAUAUUGGAUGAGUUCCCAGUUCAUUCCAAACGAUGACGUUGAUACGUUUGCAUUACGCAAUGUGGCUACAUAGCAACGCUGGGCUCCGGUCACGUGAAACGGGUGUAAAAAUUGACCAACCAAAUUCGACUUUAUCUCUAACAACCAAUAGCAAAAGACCAGGGCGUUCCUCUAGUUAUGCGUAGAAAGUGGAAACUUAAGCAGCUCGGGUGCAAAGUUCUAUGCUGCGUUCACAUCAUGUCUGAAAUUCAGAACCUCCGAGUUAAAAUGAACAAGUUAUUUGCGUAGAGCUUCCUAUUGGUUGAUUGUGAUACUUGCCAAGUGGUAAACUUUGAAUAAUUUUUCUACAACAAGCAAGUCAAACAUUUCUGAGUUUCCGACAUGACAGGAACGUGGCAUUACUUUCUGACAACUGAUUGACCUUUGUCCUUGCUUUAUUGUUCCUUUGCCCUUGAAUUGUCUCUUAUUCAUCUGAAAUUGACAUCAUGUACUUUAUUUUGGUUGCAUGAUGAAGUUCAACUCUUGGUAUGCAUGUUUCUAAACUUCAUUUACAUUUUUGAUUACAUUUUUCACAUAAGCAGUUUGCAUAUACAUUUGGCCAUGUAAAUUAUGUGGGAACAUAACGUAGUGAAUGUCCUCUUGUAAACAUUAAAGGCAGAUGUAAUCAGAGUGAUUACUGUCGCAGAAUGUA